CGGAUAUCACAACGUGCUUCAGGCGGUCCAUCCGAUCGACCGGCCCCUUUUUCCUCCCCCCCCAACUCCUCCAGGAGCCCCCUCCCCUUCCCCGGCCCCGCCAGCCCCUAUAGAUGGGCGGGAGGGAGGAACGGCCCGGGCAGACGGCCGCGCAAAUCCGCAGCGACGGCAAACAGCUGCACCUCUUCUGACGACCCGGCUCCCAGUCCAGACCAGCCGCCGCCAUGGACAGCAAAGCCGCCUUCCUCGCCUUGCUGCUGCUCCUCGGGACCCUCCGCGCCGCCGACGGGAAGCCCAUCAGCCUGACUUACCGCUGCCCAUGCAGAUAUUUUGAGAGCAAUGUAGCCAAAUCCCAUGUGAAGCACCUGAAGAUCUUGACUGUCCCCGGCUGUUCUCUGCAGAUCAUCGCAAGACUGAAAAACAGCAGCAAACAGAUCUGCGUCGAUCCCAAGUUAAGGUGGAUUCAAGAGUACCUGGAGAAAUACCUGCACAAGAGAUUCAAGAUGUAAGAGGCCAGCAUUGUAGCUGUCCACAGGAUGCCUCACUGUAGAAGCCAGAAAGCAGAGGUCCCGCUAUUAGGGAGCGAUGAGGGCAUCCCUUUUUAUCACGCAGCACAAAGCGGCGCUUCAUGCACUUCCCAGAGCCUCUUGUUCGCCCAGAACGCCUUUGCCUUUUGCCAAUACUAGCCGAUUGUAGCAGGAACUCUCCGUGAAGUUUGGUUUAUCACGUAGUAGCACUGACGCCAGCAGCAGAUUAAAAACGUUGCUUCGUAUAUGGCGAUUCCUUUCUGCUGUGCAGAACCCUGGCACUUACCAGAAGUUUCCAUGCAGGUUAACAAUCUACUGUGGUUCAUUUGUAUGGAAAGGAAUGAGGGUGUGUGUGUGUGUGUCUGUCUGUCCCACUGACAUUUGCAGAGAACACUCUUUUUUUCCUGCAGACCUAUGGUGGAAGUUGAGACAUCCUGCAGCCACCAGAGUUUGCACAAAAAGUGAUGGAUGCAUUCCAUGUAUGUGCAGGUGAACAAUUUCUAUUCCCAUGGGCCCAACGAACGAAGGUCUAAAAGGGAUGGUUUUGAAAGAAUGACCUUACCUAGGAAUUUCCUCUUUCAGAAAUGUUGAACUAGCACAUAUAGGACUUUUGGAUCUUUCUUCCGCAGGGGAAAAUGGCCUGCAUUCGCGAGCUCUUUAAUACGUGAGCCACAAGUUGAUUUCACGUGUGGCAACUGCUGUGUUUGUGUCACUCUUGGGGAACCUGCAAUUGCAGAAGUUGCCGCAGUUUAAAUUUCUGUGUGCUUUUGGCUCACACGUGCUCAAAAAAGCAGGCCACUCCCCCCGUGAAUUAAAGUGGUAAAAAGUGCUCGUUUCCAAAAGGAAAAAGAAUGUAUUAAAUAUCAGAGAACAUACAGAGGGGAGUUAUGUGCACUGUGAGGGGAUAUCUUUUUGAGGGUGCUUAUGCCUGUAGAUUAGAGACUGCUUGGGGUGUGUAUGUGCUGAUGAAUGUGCAAUCAGGUGUCAAAAUUAUCUGGAUAAUUUGUUGGGAUCACAGAUUGCUGGUGCGCCUGAAAGUCUGAAAUCUCUUGGGUGCAUUGGUUUCUGAGCCCAGUCCAACAUGGGCUCAGCUGCAGUCUUUGCUUUUAGUGAAUCGCUCCAAAGCAUGAUUCACUGUGAACUGAAUUUGCACCAGAGACUUACCUGAUAUGCCAAAAAGUGUUGGGAUUGACCUCGCGUCUCCCUUUCUCAUUGAAUGUGUGAUGCCAAAGAGAAGCUCCGGCUAGUCCCGGAGUCUGUUAGCUAUCCUGCUUGUCCAUUACUUGGAGUAAAGUGCCAAAGGUGAAGCCACAUGAAUGAUGUUGCUUGUGAAACUGGGGCAUAGAUGGAUGCUAGAAGCUGUCUUGCACAUAGGAAUCUGUACGGAUGAGGGGGUUCGGCUGGUAUUUAUGCACUGCCAAAGGGAGAGUUGAUGAGCACAAAAGUUUCCAGCUAAGCCCCUGCAAGCGUACAAGGUUCCCGAUCUUCCAACCUGCUCUUUUAUCUGCCUGUGACUUUUCUCCUGACAGAUUGGUUUAAAGAGAAUCUUGCUUAGCACAUUCAUGUAGUUGCGUUGAUCUGAGCACGACCCAGUUUAAGACAGAGGUUGAAAGCUGAAUUUUACUGUGUCAAAUCCCUCAUUUGACACUCGAGCCCAUCUGUCAACACAGAGCGCAGUUGUUCAGCUGACACUGCCAGGGCGCAGAGACUUCAGGGAUGCCCUCCAUGUGGCAAAACAGUGCGCGAAUGGGCUCCUCCUGUUAUGGUGACUUAUGGAGGCCCUAGCUCACAUGCCUGGCCUGUAAGUGAGAUGAGGAGUAAAAUGACAAGCUUUCCCCCCGCUGAAGCUAAUUACGGAUGAAAAUGAAAUUCAGAGGGAAAGAAAACAAAAACACUACAUGGGGAAAUGGAAAGUAGCAUUGAAACCAUUAGGUUCCCAUAAAUGUGGGGAGGAAAUCACAGGAGAAUUUUUUACACUGGGCUUUAGCUAGAAGUAGACGGCAGCAAUGCAUGGUAUUUAAGGAACUGCAAAAUGACAAAAUAUGUUUCUGCAAAAUGUGCCUCUGUAGUCCAAACGUUGUUUUUUUAAAAGAUGAAUGAAUGUUCAAUAAGUCCUUUAAAACAUAAGAAAGUGAUGGAUCACGUGUCCAGGUGGAGCCUGUGUCAGUUAUUUGCUGCGCUAAUUUGCCUUUCUUGCUGUUGCUGAUAAUGCAUUUAUCAGGGGAGAAAUGAAUUCAAAAGACACCUCAGAAUCUGCAGGAAUGGACCCAGGAGUCUUGACCAGGGAUGGUGAACCUUUGCCCCUCCCCGUGUUGCUGGACUACAAAUCCCAUGAUCCUGAUUGUUGGCCGUGCUGGCUGGGACUGAUGGGAGUUGCUCUUCAGCAACACCUUAGAGGGCCAAAGAUUCAUCAUACCUGGUCUAGGUGCCCCCCAUUGAUAUAUUUGGAAGUAGAACACUGAAAGAGAGAGUCAUACUUUGACUCAAGGAACCCAUCUUUGGCCAUUAGCGUCUGUCAAAACUAGUAUUUCUGUUCCUCAGGGAAACUGUUGAAUGACAGGAAAAAUUCUGUAGUCAUUGAGUAAAGCGAAAGGCCAGCUCCCUGUAGGUUUUGUUAUUAAGAACCCUGAAAUGUUGGACUGAGAGAAACGGAACAUUUUAUCUUUACUCCAAAUAGCACCCUCUGAAGGUGCUUCUGGACCCAACAAGUGUCCCUGUUUUCCAGGGACAGUCCCCAUUUUACAGAAGCUGUCCCAGUUUCUGAUUUAAUCCCAUAAGGUCCUGGUUUUCCUUAUAAUGUUCCUAUUUUCAUCAGAGAAAUGUAAGAGGGGAAGUCUCUAUUUUCACCGGAGAAAAGUUGGGGGUUAUGUGCUUCUCCACACGGUUCAAAACAAAUAGUUACCCCACUUUUUAACCUCUUGGGGUGUGUGGAAAGCCUCAGGAGGGCAUUUGGAGCUGAUAACCUUUGAGUCAGAGAAGCAAAUGUACCUACUCUCUUCAUUACGGCUUCUCUCCUCCCAAGAUCCUUUGAAUGGGGACAUGUAGAAAUACAACCAUGGAGAACUUAAAGGCAGCAGAACAAAACAGUUCCCCUUGACCAGCAGCAUCUAUUUAGGGCCUGCCAAUAUGGCUUAAGAAACACUACAAAGGCACUUCUAUCACAUAGAAUCCAAUUGUCACUAUGCCUCUUAAGGUGGUAUAUAAAGAAAUGUCUACUACUUACAAUUACCUUUUCCACCCAGAGCAGCUGCAAUGCGGCUGGAUUGGAAGCCGCUGCUUGUGGAAGCGGCUUAAUGAUAUUUAUUGGUUUUUCAGGGUGGUUUGGAUGCAAUUUAUACUGACUUCCCCGCGUGUGUGGUAUUUGCACACAAAUGCCCACAAAUCUUCCCAAAUAAUGUGAAAAAGACUUUUAUCUUCCGAAAGGCAGCUUUAUAACAAUAUUUCAUGCAGUGCUUUUUUUUAAUAAUAUUUUUUUUGAGAACCGCUAUAUGUCUUUGCAAAUUAUGUUAGCACUUGUAAUUUCCAUAAUAAAAAAUGUAUUCAAAUUCCA